GACCUAACGCACAACUCAUUAUACGAUACUGGAGCGGCAAGCACCUCAGUGGGUUGAACUUAGGUAUACUCGUUUUUGUUGUUUUUGUUGUCGUGCCCCACAUUAUCCCAUGGAGGGGGAAUUAGUAUAUAAUGCCGUCGCAUCCCACCUUCCUAUGCAUAUCCUCCACUAUACCAUCAUCCCGCCUAGUCAACAAUAAAUAAAAACACACAACGAUCCCCAUCUCCACCACAACCGAUAUCAAAAUGGCGCCUAAAGUAGCAAUUGUCUUCUACUCUAUGUAUGGGCACGUCCACACGCUGGCGGUUGCCGAGCAGGAAGGUCUCAAGAAAGCUGGCAUUGUUGCCGAUUUAUAUCAAGUUCCAGAGACCCUGCCACAAGAGGUGCUUACGAAGAUGUACGCUCCUGCUAAACCAAAUGUCCCAAUUAUCACCCCCGAAAUUCUCGCGACUUAUGAUGCGUUCUUGAUUGGUAUCCCAACUCGUUACGGAAACUUCCCGGGGCAGUGGAAGAGCUUCUGGGAUGCCACCGGCGGACUAUGGGCAUCCGGAGCUCUGUGGGGCAAGUAUGCGGGUGUCUUCGUCUCUACUGCCGGACCUGGCGGUGGGCAGGAGAGCACUGUGAUUUCCGCCAUGUCUACGCUUGCACACCACGGCAUCGUCUACGUCCCUCUCGGAUACAAGACUGCCUUUGAGCAGAUCUCGAGACUGACCGAGGUUCACGGAGGCUCUCCUUGGGGAGCUGGAACUUUCGCGGCAUCCGAUGGAUCCAGACAGCCAACGCCCCUGGAAUUAGAAAUCGCAACUAUCCAGGGGGAGAGCUUUGGAAACACGCUCAACAAGGUUAACUUCGCGUGACUAGCUGCACCACCGAGUAGAACUGUUGCCACUGGAGACAGCUCGAACGCGGUGGAAUCGAACAACAGAGGUCAGAAUGUGAGGGCAGCAGGCGAUGACGCCCACAAAAGAGCUACGGUCCAACGGAAAGGUGAAGAGACUACAGAUGGCCCCUGUGGCCUGCCGAUGAAAUGUUCCAUUCAGUGAAGGUAGCGGGAUUGUAAUUUUACUCGUUACUAGAAAGUACUUGUUAUAUAGAUAUAUACAAAACAAAUAUCGAAGA